UUAUUUGAAGCAGCAGCCAACCAUGUGGGCCAAGAUCUCUUCAGUUUGCCUUCUAGUGCUGUAUGUACGUGGCAUGACGUACGUGACAAUGUUAUCUAAGUAGUGACACGUUGUUAGUUUUAUAGCCAAUUAUUGUGGCGAUUCAUUCUGAACCGCCAUAUCUUUGAAGCCCCCCUUAACACAUUUUUAUUGGAAGCAAUGGUUAAUUGCCAUUUUGUCACUCGUGGUGGGGAUUCGCAGCCUGAGAUCUUUGGUAGUCUAGGAUGUUACUUUCAUAGCUUUUGAAAUCGUUGUGCUACAGAAAAUUAUUAGUAUAUCUUGUUUUUUCUGGAUAAUCCUUGCGCAUUGUUCUUAGAGCGAUAUUCAGACUGUACAAAGCUACCAGUUAUUUAACAUUUUUGGGUUGGGAGAGGAUAACAGUCUUGCAAAUCCCUUUUUGUACAUCAUGGUCGAAUUGGAAAGGAGACUUAAUCACAUCCAUUGGUUUAUUGUUCACAAAUACCCUGUAUGUAAUAACACUUUGAUAUUGUCAAUCACAAUUUGUCACCCUUAACCACAUCAUGGAAUUCAUUACUGUUUUCUCGCCACGCUCUGUAGCACCAUUUCACACUAACUUGUCUCUGAUAAAGAGUUAUAGAAACAAGAAUUGUUUGCAACUUUUAAAAAAAGUCUGCACGAAGCAAAGCCAUGCUUUGGUUUCGUGCAAGUCCUGUUUAAGACAAAGUAGAAGAACCUUUCUUCGUAGCAUAUUGCGAAUCUCGACACUUUCUUAUCUCUUGCAGUUACUACGUCUUCGGAACUGUCAAAAACACAUAUCUAUUGACGAAGCUUCGGCUGCUGUUCGUCAGCUGCAGUUCGACAAGGAAAAACAUCAAACUAUCAGGACUCCAAGUGGCCUUCAAUAUUUUGACAUAAAGUGCGGUGAAGGUCCCUUGCCUAAAGCCAAUGACUUGCUGGUUGUCAGGUACACUUCAAGGUUGCAGGGGCUGAAUGGCUGGAAACUAGAGUCUUCAGAAGACCAUGAAAUAGACGGUUUCUCAGAACCCUUGUCAAUCCUUUACAAUGAAGACACUAAGAAGCUCUUUGUUCCUGGGUUUUGGGAAGCUCUUUCUACCAUGCGUCCUGGAGGAAAGCGACGAGCCAUCGUCCCUCCUAAUAUUGCCUAUCACUCUAUCGACGAGGAGCCACGUCCUAUUAGCUGGGAUGCACGUCGCAGGUUACUGUCAGUAUUGAAUACAAACCGUGAUAAAACUAUUGUAUUCGAUAUAGAGUUGCAAAAAAUUCUUCCAUAUUGCAGAAGAGAUAAAAAGACUGAGAGUUGUCAAAAUUGAUAUUGCCGAUCAUUUUUGUUCUAUGUGAUUAUCAAUGGAAGCAGUAUAUCUUAAUAAGAAAUAUUGGUGUCAGGAAAUCUUGCAACAGAUGUAGAUUUUUGCGAAACUUUCUGGUAUUCUGAAAUGGAACUUCAUAUGAAAAAUACCUGAUUGUCAAGAGCCUACCUGUUCUUGUGCUUCAUAUAAGUUUUCUUUUAGAACUGGCUGGACUGACUCCAAAAGUUGUUCAUCCUUUAUGCAAACGUCUUGAAAUGGCGAGAAUUUUUAUCUUGCUACGACAUAAUAAUAAAGGAAUAAAGGAAUCUUUCGUUCAUUUAUUGAAUUUAUAAACAACUGUUCACAAAG